AUGGUUAAGCUCGGCGCUCUUGCCUUUGGGCUGCUCACUGUUGUGGCUCAAGUGAGCGCUCAACAGACAGUCAAGGUCAUGCCAUUCGGUGCUUCCAUAGUCAGCAGAUGUUGGCGCGCAAACCUCCAAGCCAAGCUCCGCAACGACAAAACCACAAACUUCGACUUCGUCGGCACACAAACCGGCACCUGCGGCGGCGUCUCAGUCGACCAAGACCACGAAGGGCACCCCGGCUCCCAAGCAACCGAGUACGCAGCAAAGGGCAAUCUGACCGUCUGGCUUAACGCCAACACGCCCGAUGUCAUCCUCAUGCUGCUCGGAACCAACGACGUGCUCAUCGGCAAGAAGUCCACCAGCGACAUUAUCAAAGCCUACGACGUCCUGGUUGGCCAGAUGAGGGCUAAGAAUCCUAAAAUGCGCAUCAUCUUCUCCAACCUGCUGCCACUGGACCCCAAGCGCUGGCCUCAAUCUGGUGUCGACGGGAUCGUGGAACUGAACACUGCGAUUCAGCAGUACGCACCGUCCAUAAGCACGCGUGACAGCCCUGUGGUAUUCGUGGACAAUUUCUCCGGCUUCGACGCCGUGGCCGACACGACGGAUGGCGAGCACCCGAACGAUUCUGGGAAUGAGAAGAUGGCGAGCAAGUUUUUUGCGCCGACGCGGGAUGCGAUUAAAGCUGUGAGUGCUGCGAAGACGAAGAGCAAGCGUGUGAGUGGGUUUUUGAGCCGCAGGCUGGCGUUGCUUGCGCAAUAG